UCAGAGCUGGGGGAAGUUUUUCCUGGACACCCGUUGUGGGCCGAGAGGGUGAAAUUGGUCGUCUUGGUCUGAGGUGUAACCAUGGGAACGAGGAUGGAGGUGGCACAGCUUGAGGAAAGGAUGAACAUUGAGGACUACAGAAAGCUACAGGGACUGUUCCUGGACUCCUCGGGCUCUCCUCGCUCUAUGUCCAGAACUGAAUUUGUCGAUCUGGCUUGGUCAUCGGUCGGUCGUGGCUCUAAAGAGGAAUACGGCCUCCUGUUUGACAGCGUGGUCUUCACUCAGGAGCACAGCAGCCUCCUUCUGGACGUCCAUGCGAUAAAGGAAGAGGAACGCGUCGAUUGGGGAGGCCUGUCAUCCUUUUUGCUACAAGAGCUUUCUGAUAAAGUGAAGAACAGCAGAACCAGAAGUGGGCCUCGCUGGAAGCCAGUGCGCACUUUGACCUGUCCGCAUCGAGACCCGGUUCAAAAGGUGUUGUACCUGCACAGUUUAGGUCAGUAUCUGACUGUGAGUAAAGGAGGAACUGUGUGUCUGCGGGACAGAGAGGACAUGUCCCUUCUGCACACACAUCGACUGCAAAACAGCACGGUCACACCCAAAGACCUCUGGGUAACGGACAUGGUGCUGCUGCACAACGUACACAAGAUAGCUGUGUCUUUCACAAGUAAGGAAGUUUGUUUCUAUGACAUUCUGUCACACCAGGACUUCAGGUGCAAGUAUAAACUCCAGGGUUUGAUUUUUACUCCCUGGUGUUUGGAUUACUGGGUGGAUCCCUCUGACCCGGACCAGGCCGUCCUCACCAUAGGAGACAUCGGAGGACAGGUCAGUGCUUUAUAUUUCACCUCAGCUCAGAUCUCUUUGUUUGAGAGACUUAAUGUGAGGAUGGACUCAGAUUCAGCAGACAUCAUCCAAUGGGACGAGCUGGUGAGAGGAAAGCAUCGCUCCUGUUACACUGUGACACACCGAGCACACACACCUGCCUGGGUCAGGAAAGUGCGUUACCUGGGCUCGCUGGAGGCCUUUGUGUCGUGCAGCACGCAGCCGCAGAGCAGCGUGGUGAUUGGCUGGAGGGAGAAGGAGAGCAGGAGUCUACGAGUCACUUCCUUCUUCACAAAGAGAGGUGUGUGGGACAUGGACCACCACCGUGAACUCAAUCUGAUAGCCACAGCAGGUGUGGAUCAUCAGGUGUUGCUGUGGAACCCGUGUGUGACCUCGGGGCCGGUGUGUGUGCUCAGCGGACACACACCGGCCGUCACUGCAGUCCGCUUCAUGCAGGCCGAGCAACAACUGAUCAGCUACUCCAAAGAUAAGGUCCUGUGUCUGUGGGAUAUUUCUCGUCAGCUGUGUGUUCACCGUCUGGCCGGAGUCUUCCCAAAGACGCAGGAGGACACACACACACUCCUGUUUCUCCACGAGGAGCAGCACCUCCUCUUUCUCUCCUUCAACAGCCUGCUUCUCCUGCUGGAGAGGAAGGAGGAGGAGAGGAGCAGCAGCCAUGAGCACCCUGUCACCUGUGUGCUGUACAACAGUCUGUUCAGACAGGCCGUCAGCAGCGACUCGGCCUCCUCUGUGAUCUGCUGGCGCGUCGACACGGGCCAAAAGGUCAAGCAGUUUCGCCGCUGCCAUGGAAACGCAGAGAUCUCCACGAUGGCCCUGGACGGUACGCAGACCCGGCUGUUUACUGCGGGCGCUGAUGGAGAGGUCAAAGUGUGGGACUUCAACGGCCGCUGCCUCCACAGAAUGAACGCCGGCCUGGGUCGAUCUGUGGACAUCUCACAGGUGCUGCUGCUGAGGAGGAGUGUGCUGGUGAUGGGCUGGGACAGGAUGUUCACAGUUUUCCGUCUGCAUUCCUUCUCUCAGUCUUACGUUGAGCCGUCAGAGUGGAAGGGAGGCGUUCAGCAUCGCAGCGACGUGCUCUGUGCCGCCUUCCAGCCUCCACAGACGCUGGUCACAGGAAGCUAUGAUGGAGAGAUUAUCGAGUGGAACAGCAGCACAGAAAAUGCUUUGAAGAAACUGCGGCCACUUACUGAACACAGAGAAGAUACUCAUCUUGGUGCGAAUGGGAAAGAAGAUGCUGAUAACUCCAUCGCCGUCACUAGACUGUUCUUUAUACCGGGACGCACACCUAAAGGCGGUGCAGACUUGGUGUCCUGUGGAGGUUCAGGUGUGGUCAGACUCUGGAACAGCGCCCACAGCCGUCUGGUGGGACAGUUCACAGCUCACAACAGCGACCUGGGGUCUAUUGUUAUGACCGUCAGUCCCUGCGGGAAAUAUUUAGUCACAGCUGAUAGAGAGGGGACACUCAAGACCUGGGACAUACAGCAUUAUUAUCUUGAGCUACAUGAUGGAAUAACUGACGAACCUCCGAAACUACUGAGCAGUUUCCGUCCACACCUUGAUCGUGUGAUGCACUUGGAGACGUGUCUCCAUGGCAACAGACUCCUCGUUCUCUCGGCGUCAUCAGACUGCAGUGUUGCACUUAGCUACCUGUGUGGAGAUAACGUGGGUCUGUUCGGACAGGAGGAGCAAUGGUGCUUGGAGAGAACUGGACCUUUGCACCCUCAGCAGGAAGCAGAGCGGAAACCGAGAGAGGAGGGAGGUGAGAGGUCACCUCCCAACGAGACACUCCCUGAUCCAGGACCCUCUGCAGGGGGGGGAGAGGGGGGGGUAAAAGACGAAGGAGAGGACUGUGGCAGCAACGCAGGAGACAGCAGGAAACAUUUAUCCCGGUGAAGAGUUGAGUCUUCAGUGUUCCAUUUUCACCGCGCUGUUUCAAGGUUUCAAGGCUUUUAUUGUCAUGUGUGCAUCGCUACAGUGUAGUUAUGACAGUGAACAUCUUAGGUUGUCUCCCCAAAAACCAAAUAACUGUAUACAAUUCUGGAAAACUUAAGAUAAUGGAGACAGGAGAUUUACGUGUUUUACUUGCAUGAAAAACUAUAAUAUAGACGUUUUGCACAAUCUUAAGUAGUGUGUCGAUACCACACACACAUGCAAGCACGCCUACACACACACACACACACACACACACACACACACACACACACACACACACGCACGCACGCCUACACAAUCCAUUGACCUCUCUCAGAAAUACUAUUUCUUUCUUUCACACAUUCACAAUAGACGUUACAUGACUUACCGUCGCAGAAGGAGUCAAUAACUGGAAAUGUACGAGAUAGGUUUUCUAUUUUUCUCAGAAUUUAAACAAUGGUUAUAUAACUGUGCUGGUUUGUGUUUCAACCAUAUUCUUGAGCUUUCCUGGAAAGUAAGCUAUCGUUCCAAAGUACAAGGGUACUUCAUACAGACUGAAAAACUGAGACAUAUGUUUACUCAAUAUAAUAUAUAUUCAUAUGCUCUAAAAGCUGCACAGUCAUGUUAACUGUCCUGGACAGUAUGUAUGUGUAAUGAUCUUCCAUUAUUUUUAAAUGGCUUUCAGAGGAACAGAAACAUUUGAUCUUGAAAAAAGCAAUUGUCAAGUUUCUCUUGAUAUAAUGAACUCUUGCUUCUUAUUUAGUUAUAGUACUGAGACAAAUGAGCCAUUGUCUAUCUUGUGAAGUGAAGCCUGUGACAGUGAAGCAGUGAAUAGUCAUGGCUGCCUUUCACAACCACAAAGAAAAAAAUGGCUUUGUGACACGGCCAAUUCUAUGAUUCUUACUCAGAAAGAGAUCACAUAAAACAUGAUUUUUCCUGGGAAGUAUGUAUGUGCAUUGUGGUUGGAAAGUGAUUAUGCUGUUGCAAAAUAAUUCUCAAAGUCAGUCCUCUACUCCCAUUCGUUACCAAUGGAGUAACUCCAGGCUACAUUUGGCACCAUGAAUCUUAUUCUCUGGUUUUUCUACAUUAGUGGGAAUAAUUUGUAUGCCACAAAUACUAAUGAGGCUGUUUUUGUAUGAAUGUGAACUCAUUAAAGUCAUCACU